AUGUGGCAAUCUGCAUGUUGUUCCUUACGACUGUGGAACGUUAGCCACGUGACCAAGAGAGUUUCAGCCAGUCCCCUUGGGCCCAGCGCCUUCUUCGCAAUGGCCUGCCCGCCCACUGUGCCGUCCUGUGCUCGCCUCGCCUCGCCGUGCCUCGCUUCGCUUCGCUGCUCGCUGCGUCCACGCGCCUGCGCCCUCGUCCACGGCGAACGCUCGCCUCGCCCCCCCCCCCUCGGUGUUCGCCUGCGCCGCCGCACGGCGCGCCACGAGCGCUCGGGUGUCGCUUCGCGAGCGUUCGCCGCCGUUCGCCGCAGCGGCCCCGCGCGCCGCGCCGUCGCCGCGCCGCGUUCGCCGAUCGUUACUCAGCCCUGCGCCGCACGACGCCGCGCGCGCUGCUCCACGCCGCCCGACGUCCACGCUCGAGCUCCACCAUCACUUUCUAAUGGCUAA